GGGAACGUGGGAGGGGAGAGGAGCCGGGGCGGAGCCUGGCUGGGCGGGGCUCCCUUUUCCUGCCCCGCGGGGAGCAGAGCUCAGUCCUUGUUCUGUGCUUGCAGGUCCCAGGCCAGCCUCCUGCCUGGGAAGAACAGGGAAAGACCUCUGCCCUUCUGGGAUCCUUCUCCCUCUCCAGCUCAGCCUGCAGAGGACCAAGACCCGUCCCAGCAGGGAGCCUGGAGCCAGAGGGAAUGGCCCCUGGGAGCCUCAGACCCCAAGCCCAGGAGUUGGUGACAUACAAGGAUGUGGCUGUGGACUUCACCCCAGAGGAGUGGGGUCUGUUGGACCAUGCUCAGAAAGAGCUGUACAAGACUGUCAUGCUGGAGAAUGCUCAGACCUUGCUCUCCCUGGGACUUCCAGUUCCCAGAGAAGAUUUGAUCUCCCAUUUUGAGCAAGGAGGCCUGAGGAACUGCUGUCCAGAUACAGAGAACAGACUAGAUGUGAAGGAGAUGAGUGCACAUCUGAAAGUGACCCCAUGGAACAACUAUUCUCAAUAUAGUGAAUACAGGGCUGGUCUUGCUACACAUGAGACAACCCAUACUGGAAAGGGCCAUUAUGAUUGCAAUCAACAUGAAAAAGCUUUCAGAAAGAGUUCCAAUGUUGCUAAAGGCAAGAGAAUCCACACUGGAGAGAAACUUUAUGAAUGUCCUGAAUGUGGUAAGUCUUUUAGUAUACAGUCUUCCCUUAUUGUACAUCAAAGAAUUCACAGUGGAGAGAAAUCUUUUGAAUGUAAUCAAUGUGGAAAAACUUUCAGAAAGAGCUCCAAUCUUGCUGUACAUAAAAGAAUCCACACUGGAGAGAAACCUUAUGAAUGUAAUCAGUGUGGAAAGGCUUUCUCACGGAGGGCCCAUCUUACUGCUCAUCACACAAUCCACACUGAAGAGAAACCUCAUGAGUGUCAUGAAUGUGGCAGAGGUUUUAGUGUUCACUCUUCCCUUAUUAAGCAUCAGAGAAUCCACAGUGGAGAGAAACCUUAUGAAUGUAAUCAAUGUGGAACAGCUUUCACAGAUCGAUCCAGUCUUACAUAUCAUCAGAGAAUCCACAGUGGAGAGAAACCUUAUGAAUGCAAGCAAUGUGGAACAGCUUUCACAGAUCGAUCCAGUCUUACAUAUCAUCAGAGAAUCCACAGUGGAGAGAAACCUUAUGAAUGCAAGCAAUGUGGCAAGGCUUUCAGAUGCAGCUCUACUCUUACUCAUCAUCAGAGAAUCCACACUGGCGAGAAACCUUAUGAAUGUAAUCAAUGUGGAAAGGCUUUCAACAGAAACUCCCAUCUUUGUCUACAUCAGCGAAUCCACAGUGGAGAGAAACCUUAUGAAUGUAAUCACUGUGGAAAGAUUUUCAGAUAUAGCAACAGUCUUGCUCUACAUCAAAGAAUCCACACUGGAGAAAAACCUCAUGAAUGUAAUCAUUGUGGAAAGGCUUUCACACAACGCUCAACUCUUCUUAAACAUCAGAGAAUCCACAGUGGAGAGAAACCUUAUGAAUGUCAUCAAUGUGGAAAGGCUUUCACAAAACACUGCCUUCUUAGUCGUCAUAAUAGAAUCCGCACUGGAGGGAAACCUUACGAGUGUCUGGGAUGUGGUAAAACUUUUAAUGUACAUUUUCCCCUUACUAGACAUCAGAGUAUCUAUAUUAAGGGAAAAACCUCACUAAUAUAAUCAAUGUGGAAAAUCA